GGAGGCGUGGGGCGGGGCUAACUAGGCUCUGAGGACGUGGCUCGGACGCGGCUGUGGAGUUGCUCGGAGUUUGGAAGCGGGCGGAAACAUGGCUUACCCUCCCGGCUAUGGAGGCCCAGGUUCCAAACACAGGACGAGGGCCCCUCCGAUGCCACAGAGCCCAGAUGCCCCCCAGCUGUUUGACGACACCAGUUCAGCCUAUGGCCUACCGCAGCCGGGAUACCCCGCCCCAGGGAUUGACAUGGGCUUCAACCAGAUAUUUGCAGACCCUGUGGCCAAUGUUGCAAUGGCCUACGGCACCAGCAUUGCAUCUCAAGGCAAAGAUAUCAUGCACAAGGAGAUCCACCGGUUCAUGUCCAUUAACAACUUGAAGUACUUCUUUGCGGUGGACACCACAUACGUGAUGAAGAAGCUGGCUCUUCUGGUCUUCCCUUACAUGCAUCAGAACUGGGAGGUCCGCUACCAUCGCGACGUGCCUCUCACUCCCAGGCAGGAUGUCAAUGCGCCUGACCUCUAUAUUCCCAGUAUGGCCUUUAUCACCUAUAUUCUAUUGGCUGGGAUGGCCCUUGGUCUACAGAAGAGGUUCUCUCCGGAGGUCCUUGGGAUGUGCGCCAGCACCGCCUUUGUGUGGGUGGUCAUUGAAGUCCUUGCGCUCCUCCUGGGCCUCUACUUGGCCACCGUUCAGAGCGACCUCGGCACAUUCGACUUGCUGGCCUACUGUGGCUACAAAUACGUCGGGAUGAUCCUUGCUGUGAUGGGCGGCUUGAUCUUUGGCAGCAACGGCUAUUAUAUUGCCUGGGCCUGGGCCUCCUGUGCCCUGAUGUAUUUCAUGGUUCGUUCCUUGCGGAUGAAGAUCCUGCCUUCCAUGGUGCAAGAGGGGCUAAGCCGACCCAGCGGACGGGCCCAGAUGUACGUCACGCUCGCGGCUGCAGCGUUCCAGCCCCUGAUCCUCUAUUGGCUGACGGUGCAGCUGGUGCAUUGAAACCCGACGGAGUCAGGUGCUGAACUUUGGGACUAUGGGACUGCCCUGCGGCCAUUGGGGACAAGUGCAGCUUGGAUGGGACUCCUCCUCGCCAGGAAAACAAUCAGAAGGACACUCUAGGAGGAGAGAUGUGGAGUCAGGGAGAAGGGAAGCAAAGUCUACCAUAUCCAGGCUCUGUACUGGCCCAAAGGCGAGAUUCUAGGUCUGUUUCAUUUCCAUUCACACUCCUUUUUACUCAGGACUGAUAGGAACAGCGAUUGCGGGAAAUUAUGAGUAUAACUUCCUCUUUUGUCCCCUGGAUCAGCAUCCUUUCUCCAUCUCUUUGCUUCCUCCCAAAGCACCACCAACUCACCUAGGAAAACAGAUUGGAUACGGCCUUUGUUUUGAAUUGAGAUGUGAGGGCCUGGGUUGUUUUCAGGCCUUCGCAUCUCUAGUUUCGAGCAGCAAAGCCUUGUGCAAAAGGACUUUACAGUCUCUUGUUCACAACCCAUUCUUACUUGAGUCACUGUUGCACAACAGUGAUAGAGGUUGAGAAAUCACAACAACCAGUGAUUCCAGCCAUGAAAGCCUUCGACAAUACAUUGAGAAAGUAUCAUUGGUUUGCGUUUCUACAGGUUCUAUUCCUAAUUGAAACCUGGAAAGCCGAGUCCUCUUAGAGAUCCCGCUUCCCAAAUUCCUCUCCAUGAUUAAAAAAAACUGACAGAUCUUCAGGAAA